GAGUAGUUGAGAACUUGAAGAGUUGACUCCCCUUCUGUUGAUUCCUGUUUUUCCCAGUUGACUUUCUCUGUCUCAGAAACCAUUUUUUCUCGAGUUUCGUGCCUUUCUCAUUGUGUUCGCUUUCGGGAAACCGAUCUGCCAGUUCCGGUGUGGUUUUAAUUGGCGGGUUUUCUUGCGGCAAAGUCACACGUUUUCCGAAUUUUUCUCAGCUGUCCGUGCCCGUCUCUUUCGCGGUUCUCUUGGCAUCACACUUUUACGUUAGGCUCUGCAAGUCGGUCAACCUUUUUCUGUCAUCAGAUGUCCUCUCUCCACACCACACGCACGCACCUCUCUCAGAAAACAGUCGUCCCGACAAAAACAGCGCGAUGGAGAGUCAGCCACUCAACGACUCAGGUCGAGAAUUUGACGUCAUUGUGUAUGGCGCCACAGGGUUCACUGGCAGGCUGGUGGCGGAGUAUUUCUGCGAGCACUAUGUGACCGAGAACGGAGAGUUUCUGGUCAGGUUUGCGUUGGCAGGCCGUUCGAUGAAGAAACUCGAGGAGUCCCGACAGACAGCCUGCACCCGCGCCCGUCGCGAAGCGUACACCGAGAAGAUCCCCCUGAUUGCCGCGGACAGUUCUGACGAGGCUUCGCUCGCGGAAAUGUGCAGAAGAGCGAAAGUGAUCAUCACCACAGUCGGGCCGUACCUCAAAUACGGCGAACCGCUUGUCAAGGCAUGUGUAGACUCCCGCACGCACUACUGUGACCUCGUGGGCGAGGCGCCAUUCGUGGCGUUGACCAGCCAGAAGUACGGCCGUCUGGCGGCCGAGCGAGGCGUGAAGGUCGUGCACUGCUGCGGCUUCGAUUCUGUGCCCAGCGACCUCUCUUGUCUCCUUCUGCAAGACGCUGCGUUGAAGGCCGCGAACGCUCCCUGUGAAUCGGUUUCCACAGCUGUCACCGAACUGCAUGGCGGCUUUUCGGGCGGGACUGUGGCGUCUUUGUUGAACCUCGCAGGCUCGAAAGACACGUUCGAUCCGUACUAUCUCUGCAAGCAAGCCUUGCCAGAGUGCGUCUCCUUCACUCCGUCUUCCAAGGCGUACUCCCCCGUGCGAUUUAUGACGCACGACAAGGACUUUGGGUACGGAGCCUUCUUCAUUAUGGCGCCUCUAAACGAGCAGGUUGUCCGCUGGUCAAACGCUCUAAUGGGCUUCAAGUACGGCAAAGACUUUGUGUACCGCGAGCUCAUGAGCGUCAACAAAGGCGGAUUUUUCUCGGCGUUGACCACCUCUAUGCUUGUCUACGCGGGGAUGCUUUGCAUCAAAUUCAGCCCAAUUCGCUCUCUCCUCUUUGCUCUCAGACUGCUUCCCCAACCCGGUGAGGGUCCUUCGCAAAAGGUAUUGGAUUCUGGAUUUUUUGAAAUGCGCGCUGUCGGGCGAACACAGUCGAAGUCUGGUCAAAACGUUCGCGUUUCAGUCACGGUUGGAUCGAAACUGGGAGAUCCUGGGUACCGCGAAACUGCAAAGAUGAUUGCGGAAACCGGUCUUUGCAUGGCGCUGAACAUGGACAAGUGCACCAAGCUCUGCGGAGUAGGAUCCCCUUCUGCUAGUGUCGGAAGCGUCCUCAAAGACCGCCUGGAGAAGAAGGGAUUCUACUUCGAGGUCGAUACGCACGAGGAAGAGGUCGAGAACAACGACGGACGAGACAUGUGAAGGAAGUGUCGAGAGCCGAAAGAAAAAUCAAGAGGUGGAGAAUGGAAACAGAGCAGCCAGCUGAAAGGUGGCUCGAAAUGCGAGAAGAAAACAACGGGCUUUUCUCAGGUCGGGCGCGAACGUAAAAAGUUGGCAUCUGCGUUGCAUCGGAUCCGAAUGUGGUCACGGGAGUUGCAAGAAUAUAAAUAGAUGCAUGUGGCUAAAGAUGUGUGUGAUCUUUUUGAGAGCGGGCAUUUUCGAUGUCUGCGCUUAGAAGUGUAAUAUAUGCGUGCGUUUGGCUGUGUCGGUCCCUGGCGGCGUCGCUUCUGCGUUAGGUGUCGUGGACGCGAAAAAAUGUCAGCGUCCUCUUUGUUUCCAUUAAGAGGGCGGAGAACCUGGUAGCACCCAAGUAAAUCUCUUUUGUUCGAGUUUCUCGUUUUCGGAUGCAUGUAGUGGCCGCCUUCCGGCGAGGCCGAGGAGCCUGUUUUUCCAGAGACUGGGUCAGUGUGUGUCCAUGCAUACACUUGUGCGUUCACCUGCGAAUGGGUGUCCAACUUUCUGUGCCAAAGCGGAAUAGAGACUGGCGUCUCAAACAACUUUGCUACUGUGUGUUCUUUCGGAUUUUCGCAUCGCAUGCGUCCAAUUUCACUUGAUUACGAACACCUGUACGACAGGUGUUAAACGUUCACCGAAGUUCCACUUUCGAAAACAGGUUCCUCUCGGGUCCAGCGGCUGCUGAAACACCGGUCUGCAGGUGACAAAGGAAUGUAAACCGUAAUCGAUUAGCAGAGCGUUGCGGUUCGUUGGCGCACCA